GAACCUGGGGUCUUCAGCAUGCAAAACAACUGCUCUGCCACUGAAUUAUGAACCACCACCCCCAUUCUCAGUGGACUUCCAAGGGGGUCUUCAGCAAGGACACCCAGCUGGCAACCUCCUCUCCAUCUCUCCCUGCCCCGCCUGCCCUCCUGGCUGGAAAGCAGCUACAGAGGAGGUGGGGAGAUCAAGCCCAGCCAGCCGGGUGGGCUGAGAAGCACGGAGGAGCUGAAACUAUUGUAUUCAUGACACCACCUCAAAGCCUUCCCUCCUUGAAACGUGUGGCGGUUUGUGGAGGCACUCAUGGGAAUGAGAUGUCAGGAGUUUACCUGGCCAAAUACUGGCUACGGGACCCCUCCGAACUACAGCGUGGAACCUUCCACACCACGCCUUUCCUGAGCAACCCACGCGCAAUUGAGCAGUGUGUGCGCUACAUUGAGAGGGACCUUAACCGCAUGUUCACUGCUGAGGUUCUCAAUUCCAAGAAGUCAGAUGCAGACCCCUAUGAGGUACAACGUGCUCAGGAAAUCAACCAGGUCUUUGGGCCCAAAGGUUCACCUCAAGCCUAUGACUUCAUGUUUGACUUGCACAACACUACAGCCAACAUGGGCUCCUGCCUUAUUGCGAACUCUGAACAAAGCUUGUUGACCAUGCACAUGUGCAAUUACAUUCAGAAACAUUACACAGCAAGCCCUUGUCCCAUCUUCCUCUAUCAGCUGCCAGAACAGGAGCCUUAUAGCAUCAGUUCAGUGGCCAAAGCUGGGCUAGCAAUAGAGCUGGGCCCGCAGCCUCAGGGGGUAGCCCGAGCUGACUUGCUUACUCAAAUGAGAUCCAUCAUGUCCUGUGCUCUGGACUUCAUUGAGCUUUUUAAUAAAGGCACAAUGUUCCCAGCCUUUGAGAGUGAAACAUACAAGUAUGUUGGAAGUGUGGACUACCCUCGCUAUCCUGAUGGUGAAAUUUCUGCUGUGGUACAUCCAAGUCUGCAGGAUAAAGAUUUCCAGCCACUGAAACCUGGGGAUCCCAUUUUCCAGACACUCAGUGGGGAGGAUAUUUUUUAUGAAGGCGACGACUCCACCUACGUAAUCUUCAUCAAUGAGGCAGCUUACUAUGAGAAGAAAAUAGCCUUUUCCAAGAUGAAGAAAUGCACAUUCUCCCAGCCUGCACUGCAGAGGAAGUUUUAAAUAACACAUGUAUAAUCAGGAUACAUUUCAUGAAGACAAUGAAAAAAAAAUAUAGUUUUGUAUGGCUUAACUAGGGACCCUAUACUUGCAAAUAAUAAAGAACAAUCAGUCUAUG